AUGACUGGUGGACCACUUAAAACUGUCGUUGUAAUGGGAGUGGCGUACGGAGGUAAAAGAGCUUCUGAUCUAUUAGCGAAAAGUUUACCAAGUGAUUGGAGAUUAGUAGUGAUUGACAGAAACUCUCAUUUCAAUCAUUUAUACGCUUUCCCUCGAUUCGCCGUCCUACCUCAACACGCACCUAAAGCCUAUAUCCCAUAUACACAUCUAUUUGAUGAAUCUGAGAAUGCCUCCUCAGCGUCAUCAUCUCAAAAACCUUUAACUCCACCUACUACACCUCCAACUACGUCAUCCACGUUAGAUGGUGAAUCAUCAUUAUCAACACCAAGUAAAAAAUCAAGACAUGAAUUCAUCCAGGCUUCUAUAGUAGAAUUAACUUCUAAUUCAGUGACCUUCGUCAGACCUACAUUAAAUCCAAAAGAACAACAACCUAGAUCAGAUCAUUCACCUGAUACAUAUGGGAAAUAUGAUGGUGAAGAAGAAACUAUUAAUUUCGAUUAUGCACUUUACGCUUUAGGUGCUUCGAUGCCUAGUCCAGUGAAUGUUUGGUCACAAAUACUGAAAAACGAUUCAUCAUCUUCGUCAUCAUCUUCAUCUUCAUCUUCAUCAUCAUCAUCAUCAAAAGAAGACGAAGAUGAAUUGGAAAAUCUCAGUGGAACAAAGCAACAUGGUGUAAGAUGGAUGGAACAAUCAGCGGAAAAAUUGAAGAAAGCUGGUCACGUAGUCAUUGUAGGUGCAGGUGCAAUGGGUAUUCAAUUCGCUUCAGAUCUUAAAUGUCUUUAUCCCGAAAAACAAGUCACUCUCCUUCAUUCAAGGACCAGAGUAAUGCCUCGAUACCCGAUCGAAUUCCAUGUCGCUCUUGUCGAGGAAUUGAAGAAACUUGGUGUCGAAGUUGUUCUAGGAGAACGAGUGAUGACAUGGCCAAAAGAUCCUGAGAUUCUGAACGGAAAGAAGAAGAUCGUUACUACAGAUCAUGGUCGAACUUUUGAAGCAGAUUUAGUGCUCCCAUGUACAGGUCAAAAACCACAUAUCGCUCUCAUGGCGUCUGUCGAUCCAUCGGUAAUCUGCCCUGUAUCAGGUCGAAUCAGAGUACAUCCAACUUUACAAAUUCAUUCCAUCAAACGAAAAGGUGAAUCAAUCGAAGAUAGAUUACACAAUCUAUCAAUCACAAUGCCUUUAACACCCCCCUCAUCAGCAAGAGGUUCAGUCUCAGAGUCAUCAACCACAGAUGAUGAACAAGUGGAUCAGUCAACCCAUCAAGAUAUAUCACAUAUCUUCGCAUGUGGUGAUUGUGCAGAAACUGGCGCUAUCCAAGCUGGACAUACAGCAUACUAUCAAGCUGAAGUUGCUGCUAGGAAUAUCGUAAGGAUGAUUCAUCAAAAGCAAGCUGAAGAAACAAAUCAAGAAUUAGCAGAAGAUGAUAAAACAUUGGAAGCUUAUAAAGUCUCUGCUCCAGCUAUCAAAGUAACUAUGGGUAUUAAACGUGGUAUAGUUGCAAAUGCCGAAGGAGUGAAAAUCAACGAUGAAGGUGUUGAAGAUCUUCACUCAAUGGUCAUGUGGCCUGGUUUCGGUUACAAAGGGGACAACAUCGAUGUCAACCAAUAG